AAUACCCGCCACGUCGGCAUACCACGUGUCUUUUUUCCCAUACAAAAUUCUGAGAAGCCCCAGACUCGUCGUCAUCGUCAUCCUCAUCGUUCCCUUUUUUUCUCCAAUCAAAAGCCCAGUGCUUCGAGUUUCCUGCAACACUUGAUCGUCACAAAUCGGGCGACGUUGUUUUGCUGUGUUCCCCCUGCAGCGAGAGGCGAUGAGUUUCCGGGACGAUAAUGAAGAAGGCCGGGAUCUCAAGAAGCCGUUCUUGCACACCGGAAGCUGGUAUCGGAUGAGCUCGAGGCAGUCCAGUAUCAUGGGCUCCUCGGCCCAAGUCCUUCGCGACGGAUCAAUCUCUGUCGUACUCUGCGUCCUAAUCGUCGCCUUGGGCCCAAUCCAGUUCGGCUUCACCUGUGGAUACUCUUCUCCUACUCAAGCUCAAAUCACCAAUGAUCUUAAGCUUUCGAUUUCAGAGUAUUCUAUUUUUGGUUCGUUAUCAAAUGUGGGCGCAAUGGUUGGAGCGAUAGCCAGUGGUCAGAUUGCUGAAUAUAUUGGCCGAAAAGGGUCGUUAAUGAUUGCGGCGAUUCCUAACAUAAUAGGAUGGCUGGCCAUAUCCUUUGCCAAAGACUCCUCAUUUUUAUUUAUGGGGAGAUUGUUAGAAGGGUUCGGUGUUGGUAUAAUUUCUUACACGGUGCCUGUGUAUAUAGCUGAGAUAUCACCACAAAACAUGAGAGGAAGCCUUGGAUCAGUGAACCAGCUAUCAGUUACUAUUGGAAUAAUGCUGGCUUAUCUUUUGGGACUGUUUGCAAAUUGGAGAGUGCUUGCAGUUUUAGGAAUAUUACCGUGUACAAUAUUGAUACCUGGCCUAUUCUUCAUACCAGAAUCUCCUCGAUGGCUGGCAAAAAUGGGAAUGAUGGAAGAUUUUGAAGCCUCUUUGCAAGUUUUGCGUGGCUUUGAUACAGAUAUUUCUGUUGAAGUCCAUGAAAUCAAGAGAGCUGUAGCAUCAUCAAGCAAGAGAAUGACAAUUCGAUUUGCAGACCUCAAGCGAAAAAGAUAUUGGUAUCCUUUGAUGAUAGGGAUUGGAUUACUGGUGCUUCAGCAACUCAGUGGUAUCAAUGGUGUUUUAUUCUAUUCCAGUAAUAUAUUUGAAAGAGCUGGGGUUUCAUCUAGCAAUGUUGCAACAGUUGGGCUUGGGGCUAUUCAGGUCAUUGCAACUGGUGUGACUACAUGGUUGGUGGACAAAGCUGGCCGGAGGCUGCUUCUUAUGGUAUCCUCAUCUGGAAUGACUCUGAGCCUGCUCAUUGUUGCAGUCGCAUUUUUUGUCGAGGGCAUCGUCUCUCAAGAUUCUGACUUGUAUAGCAUAAUGGGAAUACUGUCACUGGUGGCCCUUGUGGCCUUUGUGAUUUCCUUCUCACUGGGUGUUGGAGCAAUUCCAUGGGUUAUAAUGUCUGAGAUACUUCCAGUAAAUAUUAAGGGUCUAGCUGGCAGUGUUGCAACGUUGGCAAAUUGGAUGACAUCGUGGGCAAUUACUAUGACUGCAAACUUGCUUCUGACCUGGAGUGGUGGAGGGACUUUCACACUUUAUGCAAUUGUGGCUGCUUUCACCAUUGUUUUUGUGGCACUUUGGGUCCCUGAAACAAAAGGACGAAGUCUGGAAGAGAUUCAGUUAUCCUUCAGAUAAAAAUGUUCUUCACUGUAUGCAUUUUAUCUUUUCCUGAUUUGAUCUCAAGUAAAUGAGUUGUGCAUGUGCAAAUCACAUUGGUCUCCAGUCUCUCUGUUACAGCUGUAGGAUGUUGUCGUGGCAUUAUUAUAUUCUUUUCAAAGAAAAAGGCGAAUUUGUUCCUAUUUAUUA